GGAAAUCCUGACUGGCCCGUAAAUCGAGUCGUCUCCUGAACGCAUCCUCAUUUGCUGCAUUCCCGCACCGCCCACGAGUUAUGACCCCCUAAAAACGAGACAAGGCGGGCCGAGAUUUUAGAGAGAGAGAGCAACCUACUUCGUACAUCUGCGGUAUUCACCAUCAGGUAUCCGUAUCACUCGAGCCGGAACUUGUCUUGUCCCAGCGCCCGAGCUGUCGGUUCCCACACAGUGUUCCCGAUGUCUGGCUAGGCUUCGGUCUCGAUAAGCUUUCGCCAAACCUCCAAAUUUGACCCUGGUUGCGAACACAUACAACGUGGCCCGCCUGCAACCCGGCGUAGGGCGAUUAUUCUUGGCUUCAUCACACGGUAGAAGAGGGGCGACAAGAUGCGGUUCUUCGACUUGACAUUGCUAUUUGGGGCGGCUGCGCUGGUCGUUGCGCAAUCGCCAGAGUUGGACGACGACGAGGACGAGCCGGCCAAGGUAGACACGCUUUUCAAUGGGAAAAAGGUGCCGCCGAUGCUCGAGUUGACCCCCGACAACUGGGAGAAAGAGCAUAAGGCGUCCAAGUACUUGAUGGUCAAGCAUUACAGCCCGUACUGCCCGCAUUGUAUCGAUUAUGCUCCGACAUUCCAGACGUUGUACGAAUUCUACCACACCUCAUCGCCCGCCGGGAGCGCGCCCAAGGACGCCGACUUUGCCGAUUUUUACGGCUUCCGAUUUGCCGACAUCAACUGCGUCGCAUACAACGACCUGUGCUCGAAGCACAAAGUUUCGUCAUGGCCGACCACCAUCCUCUACGAGGACGGCGAACCAAUUGUCACCUUCAAGGGUGUCAAAGCCAUGAGCGUCUUGAGCGGCGCGGUGGAAGAUGCUCUGGAGAAAGCGAAGCCGGGGACACGCCCUGCUGCGCUCGAGCUACCGGAACCUGGCGCCCAAUCGUCCCCCGGUUCGAACAGCAAACCGGCCGACAAGACCGAACCGGACGCGAGGAGCCCCGCCGAUGAGAAGGACGAGGCGAGGAGCAAAGUGGCUCCCGCUCCACCGAUCCCCGAGGCCCCAGCCAAGUCUGAAGAGACAACAAGCCCGAAGUACGCUUCGGUUGCAUACAACCCACCCCAGCAGAAGAUCCUGACGCCGAAGACGGAACCGAAUCCUAACGGCAUUUCGGUGGCGCUGACGGCCGACACUUUUAAGAGCUUGGUGACCAUGACGCACGAGCCCUGGUUCGUCAAGUUCUAUGCGCCGUGGUGCCACCACUGCUUGAGCAUCAAGCCGAACUGGGAGCAGCUGGCCAAGGAAGUCAAGGGCCGGCUCAACAUUGGCGAGGUUAACUGCGAUGCCGACCCCCAGCUGUGCAAGAACGUCGGCGUCAGGGGCUACCCGACCUUCCUUUUCUUCAGGGGCGGCGAGCGCGUCGAAUACCAGGGUCUCCGUGGCCUGGGCGACUUUAUCCAGUAUGCCGAGAAGGCCAUCGACCUCGCCAGCGGCAUCCAAGACGUCGACGCCGAGUCGUUCAAGGCUCUCGAGGAGAAGGAGGAGGUCAUCUUCCUGUACUUUUACGACCACGCCACCACCACCGAGGAUUUCAAUGCGCUCGAGCGCCUGCCUCUGAGCCUGAUCGGCCGCGGAAAGCUGGUCAGGACACGGGACCCUAAGCUGUACGACCGGUUUAAGAUUACCACGUGGCCGCGGCUGCUCGUGGCGCGCGAAGGGCGGGCUACCUACUACCCCCCGCUCAGCCCGAGAGAGAUGCGCGAGACCCACCUGCUGAUGAACUGGGUCAAGUCCGUCUGGCUGCCUCUGGUGCCGGAGCUGACCGCCUCCAACGCGCGCGAGGUCAUGGACGGCAGGAUCGUCGUUCUUGGGAUUCUGAACAGGGAGAACCAGGACUCGUUCCAGGGCGCCAUCCGGGAGAUGAAGAGCGCGGCCAACGAGUGGAUGGACAAGCAGAUCCAGCUGUUCCAGCUCGAGCGGCAGGAGCUGCGCGACGCUAAGCAGCUGCGCAUCGAGGAGGCCGAGGACCGCGACGACCACCGGGCGGCUCGCAAUGCAAAGAACAUUAGAAUCAACAUGGAUCGGUCGGACCGCAAGGAGGUCACGUUCGCAUGGGUCGAUGGCGCCUUCUGGCGGAAGUGGAUCCGCACCACGUACGGCAUCGACAUCAAGGACGGCGACAGGGUCAUCAUCAACGACGAGGACAACCGGCGCUACUGGGACCAGACCAGCACGGGCAACCCGAUCGUCCCCUCGCGCACGUCCAUCCUCGAGACCAUCAACAAGGUGACGGCGAGCCCGCCCAAGCUCAAGCCGAAGCUGACCAUCGGCUUUUUCGAGAAGAUCGUCUUCGACGUCAAGACCACCUUCAAGGAGCACCCCUACCUCAGCUCGGGCUGCGUGCUCGGCAUCGCCUUCGGCUGCCUCUCGCUCUUCCGCGGCCGGAUAAGGAAGUCGGCGAGGGGCGGCGGCGGCGGCCACUUCCGCCUCGACGACGCCGCUAACAAGGCGCCGCUCCUGGGCGUUUCGGCUAACGGCAACAAGGUGGACUAGGGAUGGAGGGGAAAAAAAAAAAAGAAGAAGACUUGGAUGGGGUGGGGGUAGGAUGGAUGGAUGGAUGGGUUGGGUCGGGGCUGGGCUUCGGACGAUAAUUCGGGGUCUUUUUUUGUUUGUUUUUUUGCCGUAUACAACAAUGGUGUGUAUAACACUUGGCUGGAUGAGGUCGGCUUUUCUGGGUGUCUGGACAAGUGGAUGGAUGGAUG